AUGCUCUCACAUCUUCUUUACCACUAUCGUCGUCGUUUAAGGGAAAAUCAUACGGCUUCUAUUACUUCCGAGCAGCGCAUUCUUCUGGAUAGUCUUUUGGAUUAUAUGAAAUGGUCGAAUGGGCGGGAUUACGAGGAGGCAGAUGAGUUGUUCUCACAGGGACUCAUCACAGAAAGGCAUCUUGCGAAGCUGUGCGGGCCGAACGAAAUCAUGGUGACUACCGUGGAUGGUCAACUACGUGCGUAUCUUGUUGAUAAAAUCUCCAUCGAGAAACAAUUCUCGGUUCACUUGGAACUAUGGUCUUGGGAGUUCGAGGGUGCAUUUUACAAGGAAGAAACGACGACACGGCUCAUCUGGCCAGAGUCUGCAUCAACAGAAAAGCCUAUCGCGAUCUGCGACCUAUCAAUGUUUCCACUACGGUUUGCACCACCUGAAGUGGAAAAAAGAUUGCGGGCUAGAGGGGAAAGGUUUUGGCAAUGCCGGAAAGCUUGUUUUAUUGCCUAUAACCCUCCACACGCUGCCCUGGAAAUGCGCACGGCAACUCCCCGGUAUAUGGUCGAUGUUAAAACAUAUCAUCGAAUGCAUGAAAAUGCUGAAUCCUCGUUCCAGAAGGAUGAUCUGGGUCCCGAGGCAACCAGCAAAGAUGACCCUCCGAGCGGCUCCUUUUUGAUGCUGCUCCCUCAUAAAAUCUAUGGAUUCGGUUUUACAGACAAAAAGUGGAGAAGUCUUUUAGUUCAACACAUCAGGAACAUUGAUUGGAAUGAAGGUGCAUUCGACAAAAUAGUUAUGCAAAAUCACAAAAAGGAGCUUAUCAAAGCCCUGGUUACGGUCCACGCCACAUCCACGAAGUCCACCGACAUUAUUGAAGGAAAGGGCAAUGCUCUCAUUAUCCUACUUCACGGUGGCCCAGGAACUGGGAAGACCCUGACAGCAGAAUCAGUGGCGGAGCUCACGAGGAAGCCGCUCUACCGUGUAACCUGUGGGGAUAUCGGAACAAACGCGGACGAGGUUGAAAAAUAUCUCGAAUCUGUUCUUCUCAUUGGCACCAUCUGGGGAUGUGUCGUUUUACUUGACGAGGCCGAUGUCUUCCUUGAGGAGCGUCGCGAGACGGAUCUGCAACGCAAUGCACUCGUCUCUGUUUUUCUGCGCGUUCUGGAAUAA